UUUGCCAUUUUAUUAUGUAUUUUAAAAAACUGUCCGAUUAGUGCCUGGGACAGAUGUAAAUUACAUUAAAAAUGAAUCUAGGAACAGGUGACAGUGUUUGUUGCCACUUCAGAGUAUCCAGAUCUAAUCACAAAUAAUCAGCACAUAUUGCAUAGUGAAUUUGCACGUUGGGUUAUUUCCGCGCUAAUAAACCUCCAGUAUUGCGGCCGAGAUGGAUUGGAAAUAAGUGGCGAGAACAGCAAUUUCAUUUGGAAUGGGCGGCACCAAUCGUGGUGUGGUUGGAUGCAUGUGUAUUCAUUAAAUAAAGCUGGUAAAGGAGUGCAGCAUCGUCCUAUCGUAAAUCCAAAUGGAAAAUACGUCGUACGAUUAUACUUUUUGGGAUCAUGGCGUUACAUCGUGGUAGAUGACACGAUACCAGUGAACCCCAAUGGUUUACCACUCUUACCCCGUACUGCAAAUGGUCAUGAAUUGUGGCCCAUGCUUCUUUCAAAGGCUUUAUUGAAAUUGUGUUCUGUGACGUGGUUCAGAAACCGUGAAAUUGUGGAUUUCCAUCCAGUUAGUUGUUUAACAGGAUGGGUUUGUCUGCGAUUAGAAAUUGGCUAUCUAUCCCCUCAGGACAAAUGGGAUUUACUAAGGAAAUACACGGACCAUUUCGAAUGGGAAGCUAAAACGAUGAAACAUGAAACUUUGGAGUCCAAGAAGGACAACGACGAGCUGAAGUCGAAAGAAACGUCACCAUCAAAGAAGUCCAAGGGUACGGAGGGAUCAAAAACAUCGAAGGAUACAGUUGAAUCGAAAAAAUCGAAGGACACUGAACGAUCAAAAAAAUCCAAGGGCGAUCAAAGGAAGAAACCAGUUAUAUUAAAAAAGCCUGAACCAGUGACUCUGUUUCUUGGGUUGGAAGACAUGAAGACACUUUCUUCUGAGACUGUUCCUGGUCUGUCUCCCUGUGAGAACCAUUUAAUUUUCAUCGCGCAGAUUCGUGACAUCCCUUUGGACCCUGAAGAUGUGAAACCUCCAUUGGCAAGAUGGAAGCAUUUCCGUUGGGUAAAAUGGGCCUCGGAGAAAGGCAUGAUCAAUCCUGCUGACUACUUUGCUCCGAUUCGUUUCCUGAAAAUUGUUAGUCCCCUGAAAAGUUUCGGUGAAACCAUAAUCAAUAAACACACUGAUGAAAUCGUUGAGAAAGCUGAUGAGAAAGAUGUUUCUGACCCUAAAUCCACUCCGAAAAGGACAGAAAAGACGAAAUCCCGUGAUAGAUCCAAGGAAUCCAAAAGCCAGACGCCAAAACCAUCUGUCAAAAAGACACCUGAGAAAGCUCCUCCAUUUGACAUUACAUUCUGGGCAGACUUCAAUAAAAUGGGACCCUACGUAAAGGACGUCCACUUUUUUUAUAAACUAGACUACUUUCAGUACACUGCAAGAGUGUCGGAUCGCUUCACGGUUAAAGAUUCUCGCGACAAGAAAAUCGAUUCGAAGAAGAGUAGCAAAAAGGGUAGCAGAGAACAUUCCCCCGUGAGGAUUACAUCGAGAGAAGCUAAAUUCAUCGACAUCCACUGCUGGCCCCAGAAAAUGUUGAAGAGCAGAAAUGAACCCUUGUACCUAUUCGUUGAUUCCUUGGAAGAAAAAUUUUUCUUAAUCAAUUUCUCCACGUUCCAAGUUUCCGCCGAUCCUCAAGCGUCAAGUUCAGUUUCGGAAGAGGACGCUAAUAAAUCAACUGAUGACUUAGCAAACCAAUCGAAUGAUUUACAAACAGUAUCGAGAUUUACUCGUUUGGUAGCGAUUAAGGACUACUUGAUCAUAGAAAGACACAGCUGGUUCCACAGACAAAAAUACGGUAAUGAUUUGGUCCAUCUUCUAACAACUGGAACAAGGUCAACGGUGCUAGAGCUAGAAUCAGGGAGACACUUGUUGCGAAUGUAUUGCGGCUCGGAAGCUAAUUGCUUCGUGACAAUCUCCUCGGACACGAUCUUCCAUUUAGGUGACCGCAGGAAAAUGUACGAGCUGAUGUGCACGGAGUCCGACGCGAUCGAUCUGAAGGUGAGGCACAUCAGCAACUGCGCGAGCAACGCUUAUCAAUCGUUCGGCACCGAUAAGUACCCGGAAGCGUUGAAGCUUUAUUACAACAGCUACUUGCCGCCUGCGUACAACUCGAGAGCCAAAAUCUUCUAUAGUUACAUACAUGCGUGUUUCCUUAACGAAAAAGUGCGGCUGAUCCAGGGACUUGUUCCUGCGGAUCAAAUGCAAGGGAUCCUGAGAUCACUGAGAAUAUUCUUCCUGAAUCCUAUGAUAGGCCUGGAGUACUUCAAUCCGUUCACUCGGGCUCUGAAAGCUAUCAGGAACUCUAACACACCUAGAACCUCUAUAGAAAGGCAGAAGCUAAUUGAUCAAUCCCCCACGGAAGCUAAUGUAUUGAACAAGGACUACGCUGCGUCUGUUAUUCAAUCCUUGUUCAAGACAUUGCUGAUUAUACGGUACAAAAUGAUCCACAAUCCUAAACACAGGGAACAUCGGGCGGUUCUGGAGAAUCUACUGAAAGUAGUGGAAUUGUUCAACUACAAUAAGCGAGAAUCUUUGGCCACUCAUUUGUUCAGAUACAUUCUGAAGCACUUUGAUAGACUUCGAGACAUAUAUCCCUGCUCGAAGGACUUCGAACACACGAUUCAAGUGCAAAAAUUGACAGGGACGUUAGGAGUGGUCAAGCCAGGACAAUGGGUACCGAUAGCUAGGUUCCUGGUGAAUACUAAAACUAUGGAGACUGCUUUCGCAAACAUUGACUUGUUCGUCAAUCUACCAAGAUACUGUGUACGUGUUUUUAACAAUGAGACCAAACAGGAGAUGUUACGAGUGGUGAACAACGUGGUCCCGACUCGCUAUGAACACACGAAAUCAGGUUACACGGUAUUCGCCUAUGGCUGGAGCGAUGACCAGCUGAUAAAAGAAGUGACCUGGACCAUGUUCAUGAUCACCAAAAAAGGGCAGCCAGUGUUCUAUUCAAUGGACGAGACGAUUUCUCAAUCUACCACUCUGGCAACUCCUUUUUUGGUCAUCGAAGAACUGUCUAACGCUUACAUACCGAAUAGUAGGAAGUACAUUUCGAAGUGGAUCGCUAAAAUCAGCAAACCUACUUUAGUGUCCUUUAGACUAAGUACGUCGUACGAUAAAGUGAAAAUCAAGUUCAGAGUGACGGAUACUGAGGGUACUGUGUUGCUCGAAAUGACAGGAGGCUCGGUAGUCAUUGUGCCUCUCGUGUUCUUGGGCUUGGAAGCAGAAUCUAGCGAGAUACAAUUGAUGAUUGAUGCCAAAAGUGAAGGUGGUCGUCCUAUUAGGAAUGACACCAAUGGCAAAACGCUGUGUCAUCGAACCUAUCACGUGGAGGCUUUUGUUCUUGACGACAGCUGGCCGCUCACUAAAUCAGAAUGGAUCGCGGUGACGGAGGUUAAGAUGAGGCCUGUUGGUUCCGCCGUUCGACCGAAGUCGUCUACGUUAACUAUCGGCAAAUUUUCGAAGGCUGAAGUGUCGAAGAUUAAGAGAGCUGCCAAAGCGCUGACCGACAGUAAUCAAGUUCUUGAGAAGCCUUAUUGUGUGCUCCAAGUGGUCACCGAUGUUGGAAGCGGCUUUGAGGUGCAUUUUAGCCGUAUAUCAAAUCAUUCAAUAAGUUCUUUGUCGCUAACUCUUAAUGCUAAUCACCUAAUUUACCAGAUAGCCGAAGACAAAUUGAGCGAGCAGCAAAUCGCAAAGAUGAAGGAGACCUGGGCGAAAAACGACCCCGAGAGUUUAUCACGUGGUAAACUCCUCCAAGAGAAUUUCCGACAGAAAUACGAAUUCACGCCAAAACCCUCUGAAACGGACACCAAAAGUGAAGCUUCAGUGCCCGGAAGGAAAUCCUCCGUUACACUGGAAUGUUGCGUGGAGACUCCAGCGAUUUCCGAGAUCAGAACGUUGGAGCCUCCGCUCUUGUUUCGAAGACUUCCUACACUGGACCUGACGAUCUACGAGAACAGGGAAGAUGAAGAAGACACACCGUGGGUGAAGACACCGUACGAUGAAGAGAUACUGAGAUGCCGCCGCGCGGUGAACAUUAUCUACGCUCAGGAGGACUAUGAUUAUUUCAUCGAGGAAAUGAACGGCCUGAUGAAAAACAGAAGGGAAAGAUAUCGAAUGCUUCUGAAAGAACACGAAGAACUGUUCCGGGAGAGGAAAGCUAUGGUGGAAGAAGUGUACGAAGCAAGAAAGGCUUACAUCGCUGGUACGAAUCCCGGAAGUGUACGAGGCAGUAAAAAAAGUGCCAAGACCAAGAGUUCAAAGUCGAAGAAAGUAUAAGAUGUUCGUUUGUCGUUUAAUGGCCCACUUUGUUGAUGAAGUUCGUGUCUUUGAAUCAAGUUGAUCCCCUUUAUGUCUUGAACGAAGUAUCUGAUUACUAUAACUGAGAUAUCAAUUAAAAUACUAAAAAGGAUAUAUAAAGCAGAAGUAAUACAAGGAGGAUCAAAGAAUCAAGUUCCUCCGCGACUUACAGGCAAUUACAAUAUCUUAAGAACCAAAUAAAUAUAUAUACCCCACUUCUAACUCAUUAGUCUAGAAUAAAGUACAUGCAAUGAAACUAACAAGUGGUAAUUUACUUUUACGAUUCGGAUGAUUAAAUAAUUGAGCCGUAGAGGACCGAUUA